AGUAGCACCAUCACCAGCUGUAGUAGUAGUAGCACCAGUAGUAGUAGCUGUAGUAGCACCAGCACCAGCUGUAGUAGUAGUAGUAGUAGUAGCAGUCGUAGUAGUAGCUGUAGUAGCACCAGCUGUAGUAGUAGUAGCAGCAGUAGUAGUAGUAGUAGCACCAGCACCAGCUGUAGUAGUAGUAGCACCAGCAGUAGUAGCUGUAGUAGCACCAGCACCAGCUGUAGUAGUAGUAGUAGUCGUAGUAGUAGCUGUAGUAGCACCAGCACCAGCUGUAGUAGUAGUAGUGGUAGUAGCAGUCGUAGUAGUAGCUGUAGUAGCACCAGCACCAGCUGUAGUAGUAGUAGUAGUAGUAGUAGCACCAGUAGUAGUAGCUGUAGUAGCACCAGCUGUAGUAGUAGUAGUAGUAGCAGUAGUAGUAGUAGCACCAGCUGUAGUAAUAGUAGUAGUAGCAGUAGUAGUAGCUGUAGUAGCACCAGUUGUAGUAGUAGUAGUAGUAGUAGUAGCUGUAGUAGUAGUAGCUGUAGUAGCACCAGCUGUAGUAGUAGUAGUAGUAGUAGCAGUAGUAGUAGUAGCUGUAGUAGUAGUAGCUGUAGUAGCACCAGCUGUAGUAGUAGUAGCUGUAGUAGCACCAGCUGUAGUAGUAGUAGUGGUAGUAGCAGUAGUAGUAGUAGCAGUAGUAGUAGUAGCUGUAGUAGCACCAGCACCAGCUGUAUUAGUAGUAGCAGCAGUAGUAGUAGUAGUAGCACCAGUAGUAGUAGCUGUAGUAGUAGCUGUAGUAGUAGUAGUAGUAGUAGUAGCUGUAGUAGUAGUAGCUGUAGUAGCUGUAGUAGCACCAGCUGUAGUAGUAGUAGUAGUAGCAGUAGUAGUAGUAGCUGUAGUAGUAGUAGCUGUAGUAGCACCAGCUGUAGUAGUAGUAGUAGUAGCAGUAGUAGUAGUAGCUGUAGUAGCACCAGCUGUAGUAGUAGUAGUAGCAGUAGUAGUAGUAGCUGUAGUAGCACCAGCACCAGCUGUAGUAGUAGUAGCAGCACCAGUAGUAGUAGUAGUAGCACCAGUAGUAGUGGUAGUAGUAGCACCAAUACUAGUAGUAGUAGUAGCACCAGCAGUAGUAGUAGGAGUAGUACUAGCAGUAAGUAG